UACAAUUUUUCCAAAAUUUUUUUGUUUGUAAAACUAUUUAUUAAAUUUAUUUUCAAAAAUAUUAAAAGGUGUUAUAGGAAAAUAUGACACAAAAUAUAGAUUAGUCUAAAGAGACAUAGUUACCAUUUUUUUGCUCUAAAAAAAACAGUUUUCCCAAAUUGUUUUCACCGUGCGGAUUAAGAUUUUUUAGAGAGGGUAAGAAAAUAAAAAAAAAAAUUGUCCAAAAGCAAAUUCGUAAAAUGAUUGAUCCAACGAUUAGAAUAUAUUGGAUUGUGGGAACAAAGGCAGUUUUUUUUUUUUUGAAAAAGACAAAGGCAGAUUUUGUUAUUUUCCUUUUUGCUUGGUGACUCCAUAAUUAUUUGUUUGUUGUGAAACAGAAAAAGGAAAUUGAAACUUGCAAAAAAGGAAAUUGAAAGUUGUCGGCGCGUUAUCCGUAUAUGUAUGUGUAUAUAUUUGUUGUGACGCUUUCUAAACAAACAUUAUUCGCUAAUUCUCUCAGAUUUCACUUCACUUAGGGUUUCUUUCUUCUAAGCUUAGAGAAUCCAUCUUCAACUGUUUGCAAUGGCAGGACCAGAUUUGUUCUUUGUUAAGCUUCUCGGCAAAGGUUCGUUUGGUUCGGUCAGUCUCUAUCAAGGCGUACGCUACGACGGCGCUAUGGUCUCCGUAGCCGUCAAAACCUCGGACAGUCAACAUGCGGAGUCUCUAUUCAGAGAGGUUCAAAUACUGUCUGAAUUCAAAGGGUGUCCGAGAAUCGUCCAGUGCUACGAGACAAGAGUGGAAGCAAGUCUCAACCGAUUUAAUGGUAGCGUGGAGUACAAGAUUCCCUUGGGGUACGCUCCUGGUGGAAGCCUGAUGAGUUUCAUCAAAAAAUUCAAAGACAAUAAGCUGCCUGAUCCUCUGAUCAGAGACUUUACUCGUAUGCUUCUCCAAGGCUUAGCCACGAUCCACGCACACGGUUACGUUCACUGCGACCUCAAACCAGAGAACAUCCUCGUUUUCCCUAGCUACGCCUACAAGAACGGCGCGUGGAGAUCUUCUUUCGAGUUGAAGAUUUCUGAUUUCGGCUUGUCGAGAAGGGAAGGAGACAGUAGCUGGUGGGAACCUAAUCAUCCGUUCGCGGGAACAUCGAUCUACAUGUCUCCGGACUCGGUUUCUUACGGAGAGACAGGGAAAGACCUCGACUUAUGGUCGUUGGGGUGCUGUGUACUGGAGAUGUACACUGGGGAGGGACCAUGGUGGCAUAAGCACUAUGAAGUGGAUGAUCUCAUGAAUGGCCAAGAGCCGCUGAUUCCGAGUUACCUUCCUUUCGAAGCAAAACUCUUUAUCAUGACAUGCUUUGCGCCGAGAACAAAAGAUGCGACAAGGUUGUUGAGGCAUAUCUUCGUGCGUGGAGACGAUGAGAAGAAGAUGACACAGCCUUCUCCUAUGAAUGAUAAUAGCAAAGCAAAAAUAGCUUUGCAACUGGCGAACUUUGUCAGGAACAAUGUUUCUAAACCCCAAAACAUUCGUGUACCUGCUGCUGAAGUCUUACCUGACAAGACCAUAAUGGCCUAGCUUUGCUCCCUGUUCCAAUACUUUUUCUUUAAUCAGUAGUUCAUCUCGUUUAUUUUAAUUGAUUUAGUAGAGAAUUGUGUAUAUUGACUUUUUGUCUACAAACCAAUCUGAUACUGCAUCUUUUCUUCUUCUUAUUAUAUAUAUAUAUCUUUUCUCCUUUGAUUAGUUGAAUUGAAUGUGUAUGUGUAUAAGUUCGCUUGGAGAUUGUUUAUUUCUUUAAAUUGUAUAACUUCCAUGAUUAUCUGUAAUCACACUUAACUUAAGUUUAUCCUAGCUUUAACUUGGAGGUAACAGAACUGUUGCAGGAGGAAUACUCAAUCAACUAUUUCUUUAAUGGGAUGUUGGCAAGUAGACUAAAAGUUGUAUAAUACAGAUUCAUAUUCAACUGUUGCGAAAAAUAACAAUUUUUGAGCAUUGAUAUAACAAUUUUCCAAAUUUGGGGUUUUGUCGUUUACAACAAGUCAACAACAUAAGUUACAGAACACCCUGAACAGAGUAAUUUUCACAAACUUGUGCGUAACCUUAAGAAGCAUCCAACUUUAUUUUGUCAUGAAACAACGAGAUGUACCUUAAGGUGAAUGAAACGGGUUGAUUUUUGGUAUACAGAAUGUUCUGUACUCAAAGUAGAACACAGUAUCUUCCAACAAUGCAUGAAUUUUUUUGCUGUAGCUAAUCCUUCAUUGGGCAUUAAAACUCUCUAUCCCCUUGACAUGGUUUAGAGGCAUGAACCUUUGCUGCAGCUAAUACUCAAAUGGGCAUAACCGCUUUAAACACAUGACCAAGAGAUCC